AUGGCCCCAAUUAGGCUUUAUAGGAUGGCUUUAUUAAAGGAGGUCACCCUUGUUUACGAAAUUACCCCGAUGAACAACGAAUACGACUAUCUUUUCAAGCUCUUGCUGAUCGGCGAUUCCGGAGUGGGAAAAUCCUGUCUCCUUUUGCGGUUCGCAGAGGACACCUACACGCAGGACUAUAUAUCGACCAUCGGAGUGGACUUCAAGAUCCGUACAAUCGAGCUGGACGGCAAGACCAUCAAAUUACAAAUCUGGGACACGGCUGGGCAGGAGAGAUUUAGAACGAUCACCUCAUCGUACUACAGAGGGGCGCAUGGUAUUAUUAUUGUGUAUGACGUGACGGACCAGGAGUCGUUCAACAACGUGAACCAAUGGUUACAGGAGAUCGACCGGUACGCCACCAGCGGCGUGAUGAAGCUCUUGGUCGGUAACAAGUGCGACCUGACCGACAAGAAGGUUGUUGACUAUGCUGUGGCUAAGGAAUUCGCCGACAGCAGGGGAAUCAAGUUCCUGGAAACCUCCGCCUCGCAGAGCACCAACGUGGAACAGGCUUUCAUUGUCAUGUCCAAACAGAUCAAAUCGCAGAUGGCUAGUUCGCAGCCGGCUCAAAACACAGCUGGAAAGCCGAGCGUGAACUUGAGUGGCACCUCCGUUAUUAACCAACAGAACGGAUGUUGUUAA